AUGCUGAUCACGCUGUGCUACCUGUACCUCUGGGCGCGCUGGGGGGCCGGCUGGGCCGGGCUCAUCCGACGCACUGUGCGCCGCCUGCACCGCGCGCGUUGCGCCUUCGUUUUCGGUUGUUGCGGCUGCAGCGGCGGCGCGGGCUGCCCCCCUCAUCAGCGGCAGCGGCGGCGCAGGCAGGGGUCGCCCGGGCGGGGCGAGGAGCCCGUCUGCCUCCGGCUGGGGGACAAGGUCUUCUUCACUGAGGAGACCCCGCAGUCCCUGGAUGACUUAAACAAAUGGACUCUACUUCUCAUAUCUCCUUUUAUUUAUUCUGAUAAAAUACUUGAUGCAGAACAUAUAGCAUUUGUGACUGAAAGUGUUUCUGCCCAGGCAGAUGAUUUACAGACUAUAUCUAGCUCUUCAAAAAAGGUUGUAAAGUGGUCAGACUGUUGUUCACCGUUGGCCUAUAAACCUGGAGACCCUUAUAAACUAAUUGCUGAAGCAAGUGUGGAUAACUUCAGUAACCUUGGAAUAGCAUUCAUGGAAGACAGACUGCAGAUGGAUAAUGGAAUGGUGCCACGGAAGAUUGUUUCUGUCCAUUUACAGGAAUCUGCUCUAAAGGAGCUAGAGCGGAUGGUUGUACCUACCGAAGAGAAGAAUAGCACUAAUAGUGCACACAUGGAUGAAUUGACCCCUGCUCCUCCAUUUGAAGCUGCAACUAAACAAGUAUCAGUGUCAGCUGAUUCUACAGGAGGAAUGGACCAGGAGGUGAGAGAAGAGAAAUCCAGACUGGAGAAAAGAAGUGAGCCUCAUGAUGAGCCUAACAGCCUAUCUGAAAGAGAGACAAGUACUGGUAAACAUCAUCACCUGCACCUUUCCAGCUGCCAUGAAUGCUUUGAACUUGAAAACAGCACCAUUGAGUCAGUCAGAUAUGCUUCAUCAGAAAACAUUCCAGAACUUCCUGAUGAUUGCAGUGCUAACAUGGAAGAAGUUACUGAUGACUGUCUGGCAAGAGAACUAACAAGGAUAAACCUCACUGGGAAGCCUCCCAAUGUCUUAAUUUAUGUGGGCUCUGACCCUAAGAAAAUCAAAUUUGAGAAGAUAAAAUCAGUGCUCAAGGAGUGCAUUGAUACAGACAGCUACACCAUCUACCAGCUGGUUGAGGAACAAGUUCUGAAAGCUCCCUGGCUUGAUAACUCGUUGUUGUUGGUUAUUGCCACAGAGGAACCCAUUUCGAAGGACAAUCACAAACAGUUCCUGACCUACUUGUCAAAAGGUGGUAAGAUUUUAGGGCUCUCUGCCUCUUUUACAUUUGGCAGUAUACAGAUGAGGAGCAAAAGUGAACUGAAGAAGACCAUCCAAGAAUUAGUGUUUUAUAAAGCAGAUAACAGUGAAAUUAAAUUAAACCUUCUGACUAGUGGCAGUGUUUUUGAGCAAAAGGUUAAAGAAAAUCUCAGCCCAGUGAAGUCGUUGAGUCACUUAAAUAAUGCAGAUAAAGAUAUGAUUGUUGUUCACCUGCCAUAUGGAGAUCAUGGAGAAGCCAUUCUGUGUCAGGUAUACUUGGAGAUGGAUAUUGCCUCUCUGACUACACAAACCCAAGAAGAGUUUAAUUUACUAAAAGUGAACAAUGCCAAGAGAUAUGAAGUUCUUAAGGAGAUCCUGACGUUACUUGGACUGAGUUGUGAAUUAAGUGAAGUUCCUUCACUAACUCCUAUUUAUUUGCUCUCUGCUGAUGAGAAAAAUCAUAUUUCUUUUCUGAAAUGGCUUGAAAAAAAAGUAGAUGUUGAAGGAUUAAUAAAAUCCAGCAAGAUGACCCUUAAAUUUGUCUCAUCUUACAAGCCAGAGAUGGAGAUAACACAAUCUUUCAUACCAGUCGUCACUGGGGGAGGCUUCUCAUCUGAACACUUCAGCCUGCAGACAUAUCAACACAAUCUGCAAACAAAGAAGCUUGGGAAGAUUGUUCUGUUUGCUGAAGUCACAUCAACAACAAUGAAUUUUCUUGAUGGGUAAGGUGCUGGUGUAGAUCAUCUCAGAUAAACAUUUUGAAUUGUGAUUCAUGUAUAAUGAAAUACGCUAACCAUACGAUGUUUAGCAUGAAAUUGAAAACUUUUCUCUUUGACUUAGCUUUUGCUCAAUAACCUCUAUAUACACACAAUCUAUUUCUCCUAUUGAUUGAGAAGUAAGAAGGAAAGAGACUGUUUAUUUGUAAACACUUAGGAAAUGCUCGAUUCUAUGGUAAUGGAGGCUUUACAAGUAUUUAGAUGUCUUUGAGAAGGAGAACUUAGUGCACCAAUUACUUUCUUAAUAAUAGGACUUAACCAUUAUUUCUCCUGUUGCAAAAUGUUAAUAUUUGUAAUGUUUUGUGAAGGCAUUACAUAAACAGAU